GUUAAUAUGGCUGCCCCCAUGAAAUCAUUGAGGUUUUGCAGACUUUCACAAUUUAGUUUGUUUAGAAGCUAUUACGUGAACACUGUGGACCGAUUUUACACAUUUAAGAAAAUUAAUGUUAGUGAUAGCCCGCAGCGGCAUUUCAGCACAAAUGAAGUCCAGGAGACGGUUAAAAGUGAGGAAGAACUGAGUGAGAUCGAAGAAAAACGAAACAUUUCUGGUUUGAACGACCGAUUACGCUCACGACUGGACCAUGCCAAGAAAAUGCCAUCCUUUCUUUAUCGAUGGCAAGUACUUCCUGGACGCAGGACUAGGAAAUACUACAGGAAAUUAUACGCAUCAUUUGGGCGCGAUUCUGGCCUAAAUCCUGCUAUUGGAUGGCCUACAAGUAAAGAGUUAGAUGGGAUGAUUGAACAUGAAAAAGAAUGGGAACCGACCCUUCAGGAACGCCUUAAUACAAUUAAACAGGCAAAAGAAGAAGAAGAAGCUCUUUAUAUGAAAAGGGAAGCAAUGGUGAAAGAAAACUUGGCAAAGAUGGAAGGAUGGAAGCACGAUUAUCUGCACCAGCAACAGCAAAAAGAGACAGCAGUUCGACUUGCUGCGGAGAAGAAACAGAGGCUUAUGGACGAGGUGCAGGAGGAAUUUGGCAUGAAGCUAGACCCAAGAGAUGAAAGAUUCAAGAAACUCAUGGCAGAGAAGGAGAGUGAAGAGAAGAAACGACUAAAAGCAGAAAGGAAGAAACAGAAAGAAAGUAGGAUGGUUGCAAAAUUAACAUCAAUUGGUACCUAAAACAUAAAAUAUUAUUCAUGAGAGAAUUAAACAUCUGGAGUAGGAAACCGUAUGUUAAUAUAGAUGAUAUUUAUCUAUGGUGGUUACCCCUUCAAUACAACUCGAAUAAGUUUGUAUUUUAAAGAAGUAAAGUAUCUCACAUAUAAAACGUGGCACAUUGUAUGCAGUAGUAAGUAUCUGCAAACAAUUACUUGUCUAUUAGUGCGUAUAAAAUGGACAAAUUUUGGUCUCUGAACACCAGCAGGUGUGUCUAGUAUUACAUUUACUGACCUGUAUUGUUUACCAGAAUCCUUCAUUUUCUGUUAUCUGUGCAUAUAUCUUGACCACGCAUAUACUGAAUACAACAGUCGGCUUUGUAAUAACAUAUCGUAA